UCUGUUUAAAAAAGAGCUUUCUUAACAUUGGUUUGGAGGCCCGUGGUCUGAUAAAUACGGAUAUUUAAUAUUACGUUUAAAUCAAUUCACAGACCUGGUCUGGAGAAUAACCAAUAGAAGUCUUCUUGUCAGUUCUCAGUUUGAUUUGUGCACUUGAACUGGAAGAACUGGUUGGACAAUAACCACUUGACGUCAUCUUGUCAUUUCUCAGUUUGAUUUGUGCACAGAAACUGGAAGAUGCAGUGAUGAUGGGUAGCAAUGAGCGGGUUGAGCUGACAGAGGAGGAGAGGAGUCGGAUUAUUAAGCAUCUGCAAGCAGGGACUGAAAUGAUGGUGUUUCAGCAGAAGGCUGAGAGACUCACUGUCCAGGUCCUGAUGGAGACCAUGCAGGUGGCCUUCAUACGCUCCGGCGACAGGAUAGUCACAAUGUUGGACAUUUUUGAGAUCAAGGAGGUUCGCCAGGAUUUCCAGCGACUCAACGAGAGCAUGGGGAGUAUAUUUCGAAGAAUCUUUCGACAGUCUGAAAAAGAGAUUCAGCAGGACGGCAAAACGUGUUUCACCAUCUUCUAUGGAUCUGAGUUUAUUUUAGAGUCACUGAGUCUUAACGCUGAUACUGUGGAGGAUGCAGAAAAAUGGCUGACAGGACUGGAGUUACUCAGACAGGAGACACUGGUGGCUCACACACCAGAGAUUAUAGAGACUUGGCUGAGGAAGCAGAUGUACUCGGUUGAUCAGACAAAGAAAAAUAGCAUCACCCUGAAAGAGCUCAAGUCUCUCUUGCAAAAAAUGAACAUCACUGUGCCAAGUGGACGUUUUCUGGAGGACAGAUUUGUGGAGGUGGGAGCUAAAGAUUAUGUCCUGGAUUUUCAACAGUUUAACAAAUUCUAUAAUAUUUUAGUAUUUGAAAACCAGAUGACGUUGCUUGAAGAGUUUAAAAAGGGGCCUGCCCCUUUCACAAUGAGUAAUACUGAUAGGCCUGAAUCUGCUGUACUUCCCCUCUAUGAUUUUCAAAACUUUCUUUUACAUAGACAGAAGGAGGACUGGGCCAAAGAUUUUAAUAAGGUACAAGAGUUGAUGACCAUCUUCAUCGAUGACACCAUGAGGAUGUCUAAUAACCCAAAGUUUACUGUUGGAGAGUUCCUCAGUUAUCUCUUCUCCAAAGAAAAUUCAAUUUGGGAUGAGAAGUUCUCAGAUAUUUGCCCACUGGACAUGAACAAUCCUUUGUCUCACUACUGGAUCAACUCCUCUCACAACACAUAUUUGACUGGAGAUCAACUGAGCAGUGAAUCCUCAACAGAAGCUUAUGUGCGCUGCCUGAGGCUGGGCUGCCGCUGUAUUGAGUUGGAUUGCUGGAAUGGUCCAGAUGAGCCUGUCAUCUACCAUGGUCGGACCAUAACCUCCAAGAUAAAAUUUAAGGAUGCGGUGAAGGCCAUCAAUGAUCAUGCUUUUGUAACAUCUGAGUAUCCUGUGGUGCUGUCCAUAGAAGAGCACUGUGAUAUCAAGCAACAGAAAAUGAUGGCUCAGAUGUUACGAGAUGUUUUCCAGGACAAACUUCUGACCAAACCACUGGAUCCAGAAGCAGUGCAUCUACCCUCACCAAACCAACUGAAGGGCAAGAUCAUCAUCAAGCACCAAAAAAUAAAAGAGAGCGAUUGCAUUGAUAAGCUGGAGGAAGAAAAGGGAAACGUGGCUGUGAAAAGAAAAUUAGACAGCUUCAAGAAAAUUGGAGACAUUUACAGAGAAACGCUGCAAGUGUUUGAAACAUUGAUAAGAAAUGCUAAAGAAAACACUGUAAUGGAGAAGGAAGGCGAGCUUUGCAUCUGGGAUUCAAUAGAUAAGAGGUUUUACAGACAUGACUGUGUGAUCUUGGAUAAUAAGCUUUACUAUUCAGAAGAGAAGUGGGAGGAAGACAGUACUAAGGACGGUUCAGACCGGUACCUGUCAGAGACCUGGUUUCACGGACGGCUGGCCGGGGGCAGAAGAACCGCUGAAAAACUCCUGCGUGAAUUCUGUAAAGGGAGGGAUGGAAAAGAUGGAACGUUUCUGGUGCGAGAGAGUGACACGUUUAUUAGAAACUACAUCAUCUCCCUCUGGACGAGUGUAAGAAUUCAGCACUACAGAAUCUUCUGGUUCUCAGAAAAUGGCCACACGUCCUUCUUCUUGACAAACAAGCGGUGUUUUCCAAGUAUGUGUGCCUUGAUCGAGCAUUAUAGACAAAAUCUGAUUGAGUAUGAUGGAUUCAACUUGCGUCUUACGAAUUUCCUGCCUCGGCUCAAUUUUGUUUCUCACCAACAUAGGGGGUGGUUUUACAGUAACCUGAGUCGAGCCGAAGCAGAAAACUAUCUUCUGAGGAUCCCUCGAGAUGGAGCCUUCCUCGUCAGACAGAGAGAAGAGCCAGGCACCUUUGCACUUUCAGUCAGAGCUGAAGGGGAUAUCAAACACUUUCUGAUAUGCAAAGACAACAGCAAGUAUGUGCUGGCAGACACCUACGAGUUUUUUAGCCUUGAAGACAUGGUCAGGUGUUUCCGUGAAGACAAGAUAAAACUACGCUACCCUGUAACACCACAAUUAGUGGAGAGCUUCUAUAGGGAGGAUCUCUCAGCAUAUGAUAAUGAGAUGUACAGUGAGGUCGCUGAAGACAAUCCCUUAGGUGUCCAAUGUAAAGGUGUGGUGGACAUCUCUAUGUGCAAUGUUGCUCGCGAAGCCAAACAUGCCAGACACCUCGUGGUGACCCUAAUGAACAAGGAGAAUUUGAGGCAAACCGAGUUCACGUGUGAGAACUUGGAGCAGGUGGACGAAUGGUACCAGGUGAUUCUCAACAUCAUCCAAAGAGGGGAGAGUUUGGAGAGGAGGAGAAUAGCAGAAAUGGAGUCCAAAACCAAAAUAGCAAUUGAGAUGUCAGACUUGGUGGUGUACUGUCAAUCUAUCAAGAGCACAUUUGAAAAAUACAACUACAAAGAAGUUCGCUCCGUCAAUGAUCCCAUGAUUCCAAAAGAGGGGAAUGAAACUGACGAGGAGAAAUCAGACAUCAUUCUGGAGUAUAACCGCACAGCUCUCACCCGUGUGUAUCCCUCCGGAGGGCGAGUUGAUUCUUCCAACUUUGACCCUUGUCCUUCAUGGAAAUUAGGCUGCCAAAUGGUGGCUCUCAACUUCCAAACUGCUGAUAAGUUCAUGCAGCUGAACAGUGCUCUCUUCAGUCUGAAUGGAGGCACAGGUUACGUGCUUAAACCAGAGUGGAUUCGAAAUCCAACCAAGAAGAAGCCUCCUAAACAAAACAUCCGAAUCAGAGUGAUAGCAGCUAGGCAUCUGCCCAAUCCAGAUCACAUCAUCAGUCCUUUUGUGCAGGUUGAGCUGUGGCCGUACACUGGAAGUCAAGCAGAUGACUACAGUUUCAAGACUACUAUGUUCAAGGAUAAUGGACUAAAUCCAGUGUGGCUGGGCCCAAUGAAUCCACCAAAAUGCUUUCAAGUAGAUGAGCCAGACCUGGCCUUCCUGCGCUUUGUGGUUUUUGAGGAGGACACGUUUUCUGAUGCUAAGUUUCUUGCACAUGCCACUUUUCCUAUCAGAGGUAUUCGCUCAGGGUAUCGUUCUGUCCCACUGAAGAACAUGUUUAAUGAAAACCUAGAGCUUGCAUCUCUUCUGGUGCAUGCACAGCAGUUAGAGGUGAGAAACACACACAAACUGAUAUCUUUCUCUCUUAGGGCCUCAUUUAUAAAAACGUGCAUAGAUUUAAUUUUAGGGUGUGCGUACGCCAAAAUCCACAACAAAACUUUUAUAUAAAAUGGUCUUUGACAUGGAAAAGUGCUCAGCACCACACUAGAGUCCAAACAGACGUACACACUUUUCCUUGUGGCAGUGUCAGUGUACUGGAAGUAUUUGGAAAAUGAAGCAAUUCCUGCCGCUUGACGUUCUCAAGUAAAGGAUAUGAAUGUUAAUGACAUUAAUCAGGUUAAAUAAGUUUCGAGUCACAGUUUUCCAUUUAGUGUAUGUGAACUGAUGUUUGCAGCACCAAAAAGACAAACACAGCUCACGAAGACUUAGAAAAUAGAGCAGAAUUAGCUCUGACUACUUUUACCAUCAUUUAUAUAACAUCUGGAAUAUUUUUAAUACACUAAUGUAGGGUAACUGAGCAGACCAUGUUAAUGUGAAGUCAUGUUAAUGCAUUCAGGAUUAUGUUAGAAUAAGCUGUAUUUGCACCUUAGAUUUAAUGAACAAUAAAGGGAUAGUUCACCCAAAAAUGUAAAUAGCGUCCUCAUUUACGCACCCUCAUGUCAUCCCAAACCUGAACGAAAGCCUUACAGGUUUAGAACGACAUGAGGGUGAGUAAAUGACAAUUUUCAUUUUUGGGUGAAAUAACCCUUUAACAUUGAGACUGCUGAUAUAAAAGCAGUAACACCUGUCCCUCCUACAGUUUUACCACUUCCUCGUUCCAGUCAAUAAUGAAAAAUCUGUUUUGUCAACAGGUGUAAGGUAAAUAGCAAGUCUUAACCACCAGGAACUAGCCGCCAGGCAAUGUAAAUAUGGACUUGACUCUGUCACUAUGGACUGUGGACUUCAUUGCAGAAAUACAUUUAACUGCUGUGAUAAACAAAACUGUAUAUAUAUAUAUAAUAUAUUUGUAUUACUUAUAAUAUAUGCACAUUUGUUCACAUGCUCAUGUUUUCUGGUUCAUAACGAUACCCGAUAACAGAAUUUCCUUUUCUACCUAAUGCAUCCUUACAUCUCAAAAUAACAUCACGUUAAAAAAUGGGUCCAUAUGUUGGGAAUAUGAAACCCCCCAUUUUUUUUUUUUAACAAAUGGCUAAUGUACAAGUAAAAUGCAUCAAUAAAAAAAAAGCUUUGAAAGCUUUCUAUUUGAAACAUAUUCACAGACAGUUUAUUUUGAUUGAAACUGGUUCACAUAUUAGGCUUAUUUUCCUGUUGAAGGUUGUGUGUUCGCAUUACAACAGCCACAGAGCAGCAGCAGCAACCCAGCUGUAGGUAGAAGCAGAAAAACACACACGAAAUAAGGGCAGCAGUUCUAUCUGCAAAAAACUCCAGGAGUCAUGGAUAAUGUAGUUCAUUCUGUAUGUACAAGCCUGUGCCGCAGGGGCCGCGAGGACCCCGGCCACAUCAUAUUAAGACUCAGUCUCAAUUCAACAUUACAAAAAGCGCUUUUCAAAGAAAAGAAGAAAAAUAAAAGCUGAAAUUAAUGAGACAUUAUAUGUUGAUAAGGAGACAUUGGAAACACAGAUAGCACAGUGAGCUCCACAGGAUAUUACAAAAUAAUCAGGAAACAGUUGACUGAAGUAUAAACUGGAUUUCCACCCCAAUAGAUAAGCCAUCAGUUCGAAGAGAUGGUUUCUUUUUCUUGACAAAAUGAAGGCUGGGGGAAACCCAGCCCCCAAAUCCU